UCCUGGAGAGAGCGUGACUGGUGACCACACCAUACUGGGAAUUACAACCAUGUCGCGGGAAUAUUAUUGAGUAUCGUGCCUUACUGGCACGGAGUCGGUGCCGUCUCAGCGGUGAGGUUUGUGGAGGGAAAGAGAGAAAGGGGGAGGAGGAGGGGUAGACAGCCUGGCAGACAGGUGCGACUCAACUGCCUGUUUCAUUUUCUCGCGGUCCUUUUUCCAGCCAUGGAUACCCGCAAGGAAAACAAGGUAAGAAAAGCCAUGAAACCCAAAACCACGAAGCGGAAAGAGAAGAAAUACAAAACGGGGAGGUUUAUGAGGAGGAAAUCGCUGCGAUCUUUUGGGAAUUUCAUGGGAAGGAUCCUUAAAACUUUGGGCACUUUAGCGCACUUUGGCGACGCUGAACCGCCGGACCCGGAGGACGACGAUGGCGGCUUCGGGCAGAGCGCUUCGGGGGGUUUCAAAGAAGACUGUCAGCAAGUCUACAGGGAGGGCACCGUGAAGAAGAGCUCCACGGUGUCCUCCUCUCACGGCUCGGUGAAAGACAGGCUGUCGUGGUGCUACGGCGACAAGACCCCCGGGGUGCUGGGGCUGAAGAACCACGGGAACACCUGCUUCAUGAACGCCGUGGUUCAGUGCCUCAGCAACACGGACCUGCUUGCGGAGUAUCUCGGUCUGGAGCAGUACAAGUCGGAUAUAGUGAGCCACAGGCGGCUGAACGGGGAGGCUGGAAGGGGCGACGAGCGGCAGACCAACAGGGGGGAGGUGACCGAGCAGCUGGCGUCGCUGGUUCGAGCGCUAUGGACGCUGGAGUACACGCCACAGCUGUCUGUGGAGUUCAAGAGCAUAGUGGCCAAGUAUGGCUCUCAGUUUCGGGGAAACUCUCAGCAUGACGCCCUCGAAUUCCUCCUUUGGCUUCUGGACAGAGUUCAUGAAGAUGCUAAUUCCAGCCCCAACAACAACAGCAGCAGCAACAACAAGACCAAAGCUAACACCAAGGGACCUGGUUCACUAGAGGAGCCUUCCAGCCCCAGUUCAGCCAGCACACAGCAGCCUCGAAGUCGUCACAGUUUUGUCCAGGAGCACUUCCAGGCUCAGUACAGGUCCUCUCUGACGUGCCCGCAUUGCCUUAAGCAGAGCAACACCUUUGACCCGUUUUCAUGUAUCUCCCUGCCCAUCCCCCUACGACAAACAAGACCGAUGUAUGUGACGCUGGUGUUCAGCACAAAGGGUCAGAGGUACCUGCGGGUGGGGCUGGCUGUUCCUCUCUUUGGUUCCAUGUCCUGCCUGAGAUCCAUGGUGGCAGAGGAGGGAAACAUCUCCCCAGAUCAGGUCAUCCUCUCAGAGCUCUACUCGACAGGUUUCCAGCGUUCCUUUUCAGACGAUGACGACCUGACAGCAAUUGCUGACAGUGACGUUGUCUAUGCCUUUCAAGCUCCUCCCCUCUACAGUCGUGGAGGCUCCACACAGCACUCAGGGUAUCACCACAGCCUCCCUUCUUCCCCCUACACCUCUGCGGCUGGACCUGAUGGUCAUAGGCUCCUCUCAUCUGGAACCCUCUCCUCUGAAUACCUGAAUCAGGGCAGCUCCUCCAAGGUCCUUUUCCUUAUCUGUAACACAGCUGGAUCUGGCCAACAGGCUGUCAGGUUUGGACCUCCGUUUCUCAUGCGUGAGGACAGGAGCAUCUCCUGGGACCAACUGCAGCAGAGCAUCCUCAGCAAGCUCUAUUAUCUGAUGCUGAAUGGAUCUCAGGCACAGAAUGCCGGGGUGCUGUUCAGGAUCAGGGUGGUGGGGGGAUCUGCCGCAUACAGCUACCUCUCCCCCCAGGACAGCCGGCCACUGUACCAUCCAGCUGUUGAUAGAGCUCUUAAGUUCUGCAGCCCUGGUGGACCUCCACAUGUGAAGCUUGUCAUUGAGUGGGAGCCUAAGACUAAAGAAUGUCUGUUUGGCAGCAUCCAGGAGGAAGUGGUGAAGGAUGCAGAAAGUGUGAGGAACCAGCAGCAGCAACAUCUGCAGCAGCACAGCUGUACACUGGACGAAUGCUUUCAGCUGUAUACCAAAGAAGAACAGCUCGCUCCAGAUGAUGCCUGGAAGUGUCCGCACUGUAAGCAGCUGCAGCAGGGCAUGGUGAAGAUGAGCCUAUGGACGCUGCCUGACAUCCUCAUUCUCCACCUCAAACGCUUCCGGCAGGUUGGUGAGCGGAGGAACAAGCUGUCCACCCUGGUGCGUUUCCCCCUCACUGGUUUGGACAUGGCCCCCCAUGUGGUGAAGAGGAGUCAGAGUAUGAGGAAUAUGAACUUGGGAGCGUGGCCACCUUCAUGGAAGCAGCCUUCAGGCCAAAACCACCAGCCCUCUGACAUGACCCUCCCUCAUGAUUACCUGUACGACCUCUACGCUGUGUGCAACCAUCAUGGAGGAAUGCAUGGGGGACAUUAUACUGCUUACUGCAGGAACUCAGUGGAUGGACAGUGGUACAGCUACGAUGACAGCAGCGUUGACUUGGUGCCAGAGGAGGAAGUAUGUACCCGAGGAGCCUACAUCCUCUUCUACCAGAGGCGUAACACCAUUCCUCCAUGGUCUGCCAGCUGCUCUGUCAGAGGAUCCACAAGUUCAUCAAUGUCAGACCACUGGCUGAUCAGACUCACAGGUGAUAGCAAAAGAGGCAGUCUGGUUUCUCGAUCCUCAACCACAUGCCCAUCUUCACUACCUGACUCACCUGAGUCUCCGGUCUUCCUCGAUGAUGGCGUGAAAGAGGAAAAAGGUGGUUUUGAAACCAGCCCAUUUGUCAGAGGUCUUCAAGGACGCAGCAAGAGCAUGAGAGUCCCCAGCAAAACCAAGGACACCCUAAGCAAAAUGCUUCCCCUGCGCUGGUCCUUUGGUUCAAAGGAAAGACGGAAACCUGACCCAGUGCCUCUAACUGCCCAAGAUCCUGCCCCUGUGGAGCUGGUGCAGUACCUGGAAUCUGGCAGACGACCCCGGUGCACAAAGGAUCCAAUAAUAACAAUAAUGGGUGAACCACGUACGAGAGAAGCUGCUGAGGGCCGGGCUGCGCGAUCUCCCAGUGUUGUUGGGAGCAUGAGUUGUGUGGCUAAGGCAGAGGAUGAACUGCCCCCUGAGUCUCCACAGGUCCCAGAGGGCCAGAGGAGGCCAUCAGACAAAACAGCCAGCUUGAGACGAAGCAAAAGUAGCCAAGCAAGAGAUGACAGCACCUCUAAUAUCAACACUAGUUCCAGCAGUAAUACCCUCACCCUAAGGAAAGAUCCCCAGAAAAGCUCCUCCAAAGCUUCCCAAGAUGCAGAGACACACCAAAAGUCCAGUGCUGGAGUUAAACCCAGCUACAGCACCCCAACCCUUAAUGAUGGGACCCUUAGGAGGCAAAAAGGUGACAGGGCUGAUAGAGAAUACAAUGUAACAUAUGAAGGAAAAACCAAGAAAGGAGAAGUGCCCAAGAGUUCUCCCCAUGAGGGAUUGCUCUCUUUUCUCAAAGGUAACUUCCUGAAGAAGGAUAAAGACUCAAGGAAGUCCAAAGAGAGUGAUUCAGGGAAAGGAGGAGUUGAGGAAGUAGGCAGGAGUAGAACCCUUCCUAGACUGUCUUUGUCAAACGGAGGAGUAUCUGGAGCUGAAAAACACAAGUCUAAUGGAUCAGGCCACCUUGGUGAUGAUCUGGCAAAUGGGAAGUUACACGGACGAGCCUCAGCCGACAUCAAGCGCUCCCAGAGCUCCUCCAACAUCCCCACCAAAGCAGAGCACAGCAUGCGUAGGACGGCGUCUUUGCACCGUAACGGAAUGCCAACAACCCCGGCAUCGUCGCGAAGCCUCACAGCAGACAAACCAUCUUUUGGUACCCUGCAGAGGACUCGGUACAGCACAACCUCACUGGGGCGCAAAAAAAAAGUCCCUGAGUCGAGUUUCUGACACAGAUAGAGAUAAAUAUUCUAUUCACACACACACACAAAGCCUUUUAUCUGUUGCAAAGUGAAUGACGUCCAAUCACUGAAAUCAAAGCAAUAGAGCUCCACUAACAGUGGUAUGCCUUUUUUGUUUGCAGAAAAUUAACUGACAUGAGCCUUUUGCACCAUGGAGAAAAUGAAGGGUUCUGUACUGCUGGGAUAUAAAGAACAGGAUGAAAUGUGAGCUUUCCAUCAGACAUUAAAGGAAUCCAUUUAAUUCUGUUUUAAUGACUUUAAAUAAGUGCCUGAGCAACUAAUAUGCAGUCUAGACCAAUGAGUUUGUCUGUUUAGCACUGGAAGCAAGAGACCCCAAACACCUACACGCACAUACAAGGAUGAUAUCCACGUUUGUGUCUUAUUCCCGUAGUAUGAGUGAUGGAAUUCUAAUGGUUGUUUGCUUACAAUCAAGACACAAUGAUUGUGUUCAUUUAUAAGAAUGUAUGGUAUUCACUUAAUUAACGGUGGUGCUUUGAAGCUGUGGUUUCUAAUAACCAUCUAUUUAGUUCAUUUUAACAUUUUCCUUUAUGCUUUUAAAAUCAACAGGAUGAUUUUGAACACCAAGUUGAGUUUUUAUAAAGCUUUGAUUUUUUCCCAUCUGACCCUGACUGUUGUUGGAUUAUUUGGUAUUGAACCUAAGGUGGAAACAAUACAACAUACUGGGUAGUAGGGGUUAUCUGCAAAAUUCUUUUCCUCUUUUUAAAUCCUCACAUGGCUUAAACAAUGAACCCCUGCUAGGAAUAGCAGUGACUUUAGCUGAACCUGACUUACCUCACUGUUGGAGAAGGUAAAAUGCAUUGGCCUGCUGUGGAGUGUAUUACUGUGAAAGCUUCAAUGACCAUAAAAUCUGUCAUAUAAGAUGCACUUUUGAUACUCAUUUUUCCCGCAUAGAAAAGUUGGCUGCACUGUGACCAAAACACU